CUUAAAGAAGGCAUAUAUGGCUUUGUAGACCAAUUUGCUAAACAACACCAUAGCAACCUUCUUCAAAGUUACAUAAAGGGUACUGGGUCCCCUGCGACCAGUUGCACUGAAUGUACAUCUGAAAAUCUCAUGCCAGAUCAUCCAAGACAUCAAUGUAUUCAAAAAUUUAGAUCCAAGUGUUUCUGUAACAAUCCUGUUGGACGACGAAAAUGUCCUAACAACUUCUGCAGUUUAUUGUAUGACUUAAUUGUCAUUGCUCAUGACGAAAGAAACCCUCUAUGGAUCAACACGGACCCAAGAAAAUGGUAUAGUGAUCAUUGGGAAAUCGCUAAGUGUUAUCUCUCAACUACUGGUUAUUCAGAACAAGGGACAGCUGUAGACACGGACGCUGCUGGCCUGUUGUCAAUUAUUGUGAAUAACAUCGAGAUCCGUAAUUACGUUGAUUGCAUAGAUAAUAUAAAAAAGGUUCGGGAUAUCCGCAAUGAUAUUAUGCAUUCAAAAUCCUUCCAAGUCGAUCAAAGUUCUUUAUAUCAAUAUAUAGAUCGGAUGAUUUUGGUUCUUCAAGAUCCAAAGAUAUUAGUCACAGAUGUAGCUGCCCAAAAUGCCGUAAUAAAAUUGGAAAAGUUAAAGAAAAAUCAGAUACACAUAAGCUUAGACGAUGCUUAUGAAAUGCGAAGACAAGCUUUAAAAGCUGUUGAGGAUGGUAAAACAAAGAUCGAAAAAACUAAAGACGAAGCCAUUCAACAAAUCGAGAUGAAGAGAAAAGAAAUUCAUGAUGAUUUAGAUUCACGCUUUGACCAGCGGCUACUGGAACAGAACAAGGAAAUCAAAGCUGAAACGAUACGUAUGCAAACAGAGAAGAAUGAGUUCGAAAGUAGAUAUCAAACAGCUGUGAACGAAAUUGAAACAAAGGGAAGGCAGAUAACAGAUAACAUCGAUACAUACUUUGAGAGUCGAGUGAAUGACCAUGAAAACAAAAUCGAAGAGCAGUCUAAAGAAAUUUCUGAUGCUGAAACUGUAUGUUCUGCGCUGACUGAAGAUGAAAAAGGUCUCCAAAGAUAUUUACUGGAAUUUUAUAGAAAGGAAUAUGUUCAGAUACCAAUAUCUCCACUUUCUACAAAGUACAGAAAAAGCGUUGAGAAGCUUUAUGUCCCGUUACAGGCAAAGAUAAUUUGCAAACACAAAAAUUUAGCCGCAACCAAACUAGCCGAUAUGUUCCAGCAAGACAAUAAAGUCAUGCGCAACAUAUAUCUAACCGGAGAAGCAGGGAUAGGAAAAUCAACUUUUUGCAGGAAAUUGAUUUCACUAUGGUGUACUGUUAGAGCAAAUGAAGGAAAACUUCCACUUGAUUAUACUCCUGUUUUUGGUUUUAAAAAUCAACCAUCAACAGAGAACAGCUCUAUUCAGACUGUUGAAUGUUUUGAAGAUUAUAUGGAUGAUUAUUUUUAUGAGAGUUAUAUGUCUGAUGAAAGUGAUAUGUCGCAGACAGAAUACAGUGAUGAUAGUUCUCUAUGUAAUGAAGAACUAAGCACAAGUACAAUAAAUAAUGCGUUCUCAAGUCAUAACAACAAUCAAGGUCCGCCAAUUUCAGUCGCUAAAAGUUCACAGAUCACAAGUGACGACACAAAUAAUGCAUUAAUCGAAAAGUUUGAUUUCCUUUUCUUCAUAUCUCUUCGCGAUACUAAUCUAGAGGUCUCCAUUGAAGACAUGAUAGUAAAACAGCUUCUUUUUCAAAAUUUAAAACUUAACGAAUGCUUCAAAAGCACCAUAGUCAGAAUUCCAGAAAAAUGGCUUUGCAUUCUUGAUGGAGUGGACGAAUGGCAACCGCCCACACCUUUGCCAACACAUCCUACGGUCACAAGAGGUUUGCCUCUAAGCUCUGUUGGUGGAAAAUAUGUCAAAUUGUUUACAACUCGGAGAUGGAAAUACGAGAGUCUCAGUCCAUGCAUUGAAGAACAUGAAUCAGAAGUUAGACUGACGGGCAUUGGGAAAAAAUCAUCAAAGGCGCUCAUUGAAAAUAUGUUAGUGUCACAAGAUCACACAAUUGCAUUUGAAACGGCAGUUAGCUUGAGUGAUACAAAUGAUUUGGUGUCUACUCCUCUCCUACUCAAAUUACUAAUUUGCUUAUGGCAAGAAAACUCUAAACUUGAAAAAUCUAAAACAGAGUUGUAUUGUUCAAUUAUAAACAUUAUGCUACAUCUGGCGGAAAAAAGAAAUGAUUUGCCUUAUGUUAUUUCAACUCGACAAUUACCACAAAUGUUGGAAGUGUUUCGCUACAUUAAAGACAAUAGCAACAUUGUUUUCAAGCUUUCACAAUUUGCAUUUGAUUCCUUGUUUAAAAAAUCCCAUGACUCUGCAUUAGUUUUUUCUGUGUUUGAUCUUUCACAGCAAGGUUUUAGUUCAAGAGAAAUUCUUUUAUUUCUGCAAACGGGAAUUCUUACACAAAAGUCGUAAUCUAGUGAAUCAAAUUUUAUCCCAAAAACAUCAUUGUCAUUUAUCCAUAAAAGUUUUCAAGAGUUUUUUGCAGCCGUGCAUAUUGCUACUGCUGACAGUGACAGAAAUGAAAUUAAAAGACUUAUUGCCGGUAUAUGCGGUCAAACGUAUCAAAUUGUUGAGAUGACAAAUGUAUUUUAUUUCUUAGCAGACUUACGCCAAGACUUGUAUCAAGAAAUAUUAAAAGAAAUAGCGUCACAUUGUCGAGACAGGGGAAUCGCCUUUAGCCACGAAUUAGAUCUCACGUUGAAAUUAGAGGAAGAAGAUUGUUGUCUUACUGACAUAUUCUUAUGGGGUAACCCAAACUCCGUUGUGAUAGAAUCAACAAAUUACGGCAUAAAGGGACCUUGGCUUUCAAGACAAAACCAGAAACUUCAAAUUUUAGAGCUCAGAUAUGUAAGUUUGACACAUACUGCAUUCAAGACAUUGCUAGAAAGUAUUUCUAUAUCACGAAAAGGAGUUGAUGUCACUCUUAUAUGCUUAGGUUGGAUAGACGAACACUUUGAAAAAGAAGUGUUCCCACUAUCUGUUCAUGUACGGAACGUUGGAAAAUUGAAAAUCGAAUUCACAAACCUUACCCAAGUGGAAUUUAUCCUGCCUGAAAAUAUGUGUACUGUUGAAUUGACUGAGAAUGAUAUGACGGAAAAUGGUUUGAGCACAAUGAUAAAUUCUGUUUCAAAAACAAAAGGUGAUAUUGAAAUGACCUUCCGUCGUAUAAAGCUCAGAAAAUCUAAAUAUACGCAUUGCAAUUCUGAUUGUUCACUUUUGAACAUCCUUGUUAAUGCUUGUGCAGUAAAUAAACGCAUCAAAAUAGGGGAAAUAAAAAUUUGUAAAAGUGAUUUUACUAAUACAGGUACAUGUUCUGAUUUGCAGAAUGUACAAUUGAGAGAAUUAACGAUUGAACAUGUUGACUUAUCAAAAGUAAGGUUUCCUUCUAAAGAAAUUGACAAUUUUCAUCUGAUAAAUGCCAUAUCAAAAGAUUUAAGUAAGUUUAAAGUUUCAAGUCAAAAUCUUCAGGUAUUAGAGCUAGAGUGUGUAUUUGUGAAAAUGACAGCAUUCGUGUCAUUUCUAGAAAAUAUUCCUUUGUCGGAUAAUGGUGUUGAUGUGACUCUAGUUAAUGUCAUUUGGAUCGACGAAAACCUACACAAAGAGUUUGAUUUAAAAAAUAUAAGGAAAUUAAAAAUUCAAUCUACAAAUCUUACAGAAAUAAAAUGGAAGCUGUCUAAGAAUAUUCGUACUGUUGAAUUGAUUGAUACUACUCUAACAUCCAGAAAUCUGUCUGCAAUAAUCGAAUCUUUUCGAGAUACAGAAGUUGAUGUUGAAUUGUACUUGAAAUAUACAUUGUGCUCUGUAUCCAAAAUAGUACUGAAUCGUUCUCAGAUAAUCGAUAAUGUGAUAAGAUGCCCGCUUAACGAGUUAUGGCUUAAAAGUACCGUUUUCACGGAUGUGUUUUUAGGUUCAAAGGAAUUUGACGUUAUCAACUUGGAGGAUGUUAAAAUUAAAAUCAAAGAACUACAGAAUGUUCUAGGUGAAAAAAAUAAUUGGACAUAUUCGUACGGUCUUCAGAAAAUUUGACCCAAUUUCUAUCGUUACAUUUACAGGUAGCAAUGCUGAUAAAGUACUUAUAAGUGAUAAAUUUAACCUUCGAUAUGACAGAGAUUUCAUUCGAUUUGAGAUUGGUGUAAGUAAAUAUAUAGUGGUAUCAGUGUUGACAGUACGUUUUCAGUUUCAUGUCGAUGAAAAUAGUAUAUGUCCUGAACUAUUACAUGUAUUAGGAAUCGUUCCACGAAUCGAGCGAAUGAAAUUGAAAUUACAGUUUGAAUAUAUUUCUGAUUCAAAUGUUUUAGACUAUUUAAAAGUAAUAGAACUAAUAAGAGACAGUGCUAUCAAAAUAUUUUCUGUAACGAUUGGAUAUACAGAGAAAAAUAAAAAAAUGAAAGAUUUUGAGACAUAUAUAUAUGAUACAUUAAAACCCACCAAAAUAUUAUUUUGUGAAGGACAUUUGAGAAUAGAACGUAUUUUAAGGCUCUCAAGUCAUUUAUUUGAUAUCUUUUGAACAUAUGUUCUUCUGUAUGUGCAAUAAUGUUUGUAUUCCUGUCAUAUCAGUUGAGUUAAUAUAUUAAAGAGCUUUUCACAAUGAGAAACGAAUACAUUUGAAUUCUUUUGAUCCUUUUAACACAUCACUUUUAGGGUUAAAUCAUUAUGGAUUUUAAUACUUAACUUUUUGUAAAUGUCUAUUGAAAUAUUUUUUUAAAUAUUUCUUUGUUUUCGGAUAAAAAAAAUAGUGUACAACACAUGUUUUGUGGCGGCGUCCUUGGUCGAUGGUUAAGGUCGUUUACUUCAAACCACUUGCAACUCACCGCUAUGUGUUCGGAUUCCGCUAGGUACUGGAUUCUUUAUGAACUUUGAAACUGUGAGAUCUUCCUUCUGUAAAGUUGAAAAGACGCCAUGGUGUUGUGUCGUAAAACCCAAGCCAAAAAGAAAACACAGACAAAACAUUGUUUUUUACGAAUAAAUCUUUCUAUAGAUAUUUACUUAGUUAAAACUAUAUAUUUGAUUGAAUAAAUGCUCCCCGACCGGGGUUGGAAA